AUGUUAAAGCCAAAGAAAUUAUUUAAUUUUCAAAUAUUUCGUUAUGUGGACACAUUUCGCCAUGCAGUUUAUAUUGAUUAUAAGGAAGGUUCCAAAGAACGUGAUCUACUUAAAGCUGCAUUGAAGACUGUGAUCGAAACUCAAUAUAAAAUUCCACUUAUAGUGGGUCCGGAGAAAAUAAUGAGCGGCGAUCAACAAUUGCAGUACAUGCCACAUAAUCACCGCCAACCUAUUGCCGAGUUUUAUAAUGCCAACGCGCGUCAGGUUAAGAAGGCAGUUGAUUCAGUACGAUAUAUACAUAGCAUGUGGAAAAAUGUUAGCCAUGAGGAACGAGCCGCAAUAUGGAACCGAGCAGCUGAUGAUAUUGAAACAAAGAGUCGUCACAUUCUAAACGCUGCCAACAUGUUAAGCCAGGGGAAAACCUAUAAAGAUGCGGAAGCAGACACUUGUCGGCUAAUCAAUGGACUAAGACAAUAUGCAGUUGCAAGUGUGAAUAUUUCAAAAAAAGAGCUUAAGAAUGAAAACCCUACCAAGGUGAAAUCGACUUUUUAUCUUCGUCCAAUCGAUGGGUUCGUUGUCGCUAUAGCGCCAAAUAAUAUGACUUCGAUAUCACUACAAUUAGCUGCCAUCCCUGCUUUAAUGGGUAAUUGUGUGCUCUGGAAACCAUCGCGGCGUAAUACGCUCUCCAGUUUUAUAGCGUUUCAGGCGCUACGACAUGCGGGCUUACCAGAUGGCGUCAUCAAUUUUCUGCCAAUGAAUAGUCAAUUUUUUUAUAAUUGCUGUAGAUCAUAUGAAGACUUGGCAGGUAUAAAUUUUAGUGGCACUACACACUAUUUUCUAACAAUGUGGGAGAAGGCAUUGAUGUUUGUAUCAAACCGCCGUGGUAUGCCACGUGUUCUUGGUGAGAUGAGUUCGAAAAACUUUCAUUUAAUACAUAAUUCGGCUGACUUAAAACGUGCAGCUGAGGAUACAGUAGAAGCAGCAUUCACACAUUCUGGACAAAUUUGUUCUUCAUGUUCUCGACUUUAUGUGCCGAAAUCUAUUUGGCCUGACUUUAAAACAUACAUGUGCUUAAAAUUAUCAACUCUAAAAGUGGGAGAUCCAGCAAAUUUUGACUGUUUUACUUCUGCUGUUGCCGGCAGAGCUGUGUACCAAUAUAUUCUUAGCUAUAUAAAGUCUGCACACAAUAGAAAAACUACGAAAGUUAUUUACGAUGGAGGUUAUAAUGACACAUGGGGAUACUUUAUUGAACCGACAAUAAUUAGGUGCGAAGAUCCUCUUGAUCCAUUAAUGCAGUAUGAAAUCAAUGGGCCAGUACUUUCUGUAUAUGUUUUCGACGAAUCCGAUAUGGAUAAGCUCUUCGUUGGAGACUCUUGCAGGCCAAUAUAUGUUCAGAAUACGCCGCAGGCUUCUAUUGACAAAGGAUUGUAUCUUUUGAGUCGAGGCCCUCGUAAGCGACCAUGUUUCGCACCCAUAUAA